AUGACGGCUCCUCUUCGUACUACGCCGCGUCUCUCUGACAUCCCCGCGUCCCAGAACACGGCACCCGUAGAAGAGUUCCGCUGCCUCUUCACCCAUGAUCUGCGCCGGAAGCAGAAGAGAUGGCACGAUGGAUUCCUCAAAUUCCACUCCUUCAACAGCCGCGUCAUGGUGUACGAUGCGACCCGCAACUUCCUCGGAGACACAUACUGGAAAGACAGCACCACCAUCCAGGAGGGCGGUGAGCUCACACUGGACAAGGGCAUUAUGGUGGAGGUGACAGAAGCUAUGGGGGUGACGCAGACGGACUUGACCCCGCUGUUUGAAAAAAAAACGAGGCAGUCUCCGCAGUGCAAGCGUGUCAUGCCUGCAGCGAGAGCCCCCCCUCGGCCAUUGUUACGGCACAAGUCUCUAAAUACCCUGCUCGGAACGCCAAAGGGGCCGAUCGGGAAGGCGGCGCCGCUGAAGUCACCCUACGACGUGCGGAAAGAGAAGAGGCAGAAGAUUAGACAUGCUACAAUUUCUCCACAGCCGUUGAGCCCUGAUCCACCCCUAUGGCCAAAUCCACAAGGAGCUACAAUCAUCAGCCUGAACUCCGAACCGGACUAUGUCCCCUCAGACAUCAUUUUGCCCAGCACUCCGCCGGGAAUGGAGAAACCAAGGCCUCCACCUAGUCCCGUUCCCGCGAUUCCGCCAGCUAUGACAAAGGAAGUCCCUAUACAACUCCCCAAAUCGAAGCGCAAGGCGACCCCUCAGCCACCUCCACGUUCCUCGUCUCCUCCGGUUAGCGCUUCUAACCGUCUCAGCAACAUAGACUUCGCUUUAGCACAGACGAAGAAGGCUCGGAAAGAUGUCUGCCCACCCAAUUCACCACUCCGGGAUCCCAGAGCAAAAUCUCUCCGCCUCUCUACCAGCAACAGACGUGGAUUACUCCUCUGUCAAUCACUACCACAACGAGCAGAACCUUCCGAAGAACGGCCCCGGAAGUCGAAAGAGAAGGACAAUAGUGCCUCAAGAUUUCAACCCGUUCCGUGGCCCUCUGAUAGCGACGAAUCACUAGUUCAGCGCAAGACAUCGAGAUCGGGCGCGACAGUGAAUGGAAAAGAUAGGAAGAGGAAGACAACAUCAGCAAUUAAGAAUAGAAGACCCCAGGUUGCCGAACUAGUAACAUCUCCCCAGUCUUCUCUCGACGCCAUUGAGGACAUGACAAUUAUCCACGGACUCAUGGACCAGCGCCUGAUAGUUCCUAAAGAAGCCUCUAGACCAGAAACACGACGAAACCCCUCCUCUCCACCUGCAGUAAAUCUCCCAAAACCCAAACCAGCAAAGAAGUUGCCCCCCGAAUGGCAGAGCUUAUCUAAAGUCGCCAUGCCCAAGCCAGCCCCUACGAAGAGAUGUCUAGAUAGGAACCCAAACCCGCAAGAGGAUGUAUCUCCCAUCGGCCAAUCGUCCAGACCCACCAAAUCCAACCCUCCACCUCGCAACGAGCCUCACCCCCAGACCCUCUCCAACCCUUUCCGUCCCUCCCUCUCGCCCUGCGAACCCGCCCUCUCCACCGUAGGCUUCCACAAAAAGCCCAAACGGAACCAGAAGUUACAACCAAACAGCGGCUCGAAUGCCAAACCCAAUCCCAGUCCGCAAAAGCGCACCAAAUCUGCACCCCGACUUCCCCCUGCCCCAGCAGUCAUCAAACCUGCCAGUGUCGCCAAACUCGGGCGAAUGAGCACUACGGAGCUGUCUCUCUUGCUCGACCCUAUUGAUGAUAGUAGUCAGCCCUCCUCAGUCUCCAAGUCUCCAAACCGCCCUUUCCGCCGCGUGCGCUCUGCAAAUGAUGCCGAUCCUCCGGUACCUUCGACGGUUGAGGAAUGGGAGAAACGGAAUCUGCCCAAUGCCGACGCCAACACCACUGCUUCCACCUCCAACCCUGCAAAACCCAACACCAACACCAACAUCCCAACUCCACCCCCGAAAUCCGGUCUCGCAGCUCUAAUCAACAAAACCGAUCCCCGGCGGAAGUUCAUCCGGACUCAGAGUCUGAACGUAGAUACUAGUAUCGAGGUAGGGAAGGCGGGGGCCGAUGUGAAUCCGAUGCUCCAGAGUCCGCCUAUGGACACUGAUGUAGGACCUUGGAGUACGGAGGCGUAUGAUCUGUUUGAUUGGAGACCGCCCAGGAGGGUGGGUGAUACGGGUGAGGGGGUUAUUGGGACUCUGGUAGGUAUAUGA